GGGCGGGGUUGGCGAGUCAGGUCGCUAAGGAACUAGAACUCUUGGCGGUUGGGUCCCUGCGGGCUGCCACGGAGCCUAGAGGGAGGGGGCGUGGCAGUGGGGGCGGUCCCGGGGGAAGGUGGGGCGGUCUGGGAGCUGGCGCUCCGGGACGAGCCUCCCGAGUCUCCCGUGGGUCCCCGCCCCCGUCACGUGGGCUCCGGACGCGGCCGCUGCCGGUCGGUCCGCUGGUUGGUCGGUUAGUUGGUCGGUGGGUCAGUAGCCUGCUGCUCGUUUCUCGGCUCUCAUGUUCGGAGGUGGGGGGACAAGUGAAAGGCCCGCACACCUGAGCUGUCCGGAGAGGAGCCCCGCACUCAGUAGGAGGAGACAAAGGACAGAAAAGGACUCAUGGCUUCUGACGCCAGUCACGUGCUAGAAGCUGCCCUGGAGCAAAUGGACGGCAUCAUCGCAGGAACUAAAACAGGGGCAGAUAUUAGCGAUGGUACCUGUGAGCCCGGACCGGCCUCCCCAGCCUCCUACAUGAACCCCUUCCCGGUGCUCCAUCUCGUCGAGGACUUGAGGCUGGCCUUGGAGAUGCUGGAGCAUCCUCAGGAGAGGGCAGCCCUCCUGAGCCAGAUCCCGGGCCCCACAGCUGCCUACAUAAAGGAGUGGUUCAAGGAGACCUCGUCCCAGGUAAAUCACCACAGUGCUGCCGGUAAUGAAACAUACCAGGAACGCUUAGCACGUCUAGAAGGAGAUAAGGAGUCCCUCAUAUUACAGGUGAGUGUCCUCACAGACCAAGUGGAAGCCCAGGGAGAGAAGAUUCGGGACCUGGAAGUGUGUCUGGAAGGGCACCAGGUGAAACUCAAUGCUGCCGAAGAGAUGCUUCAACAGGAGCUACUAAGUCGUACAUCUCUUGAGACCCAGAAGCUCAAUCUGAUGACCGAAGUGUCUGAGCUGAAGCUCAAGCUGGUGGGCAUGGAGAAGGAACAGAAAGAGCAGGAGGAAAAGCAGAAAAAAGCAGAGUCGGUUCUGAAUGUGAUCAGUGAGCUGCAGGAGCAGAUGUGUAGGCUGCAGCUGGACAUCCACAGGCAGAUGCAAGAGCGCCUCUCUCUCAGUAGGGACUACCCUGAGGAGGUGGCGGCCGGCGACGGUGCGGCCCGGCCCCAGCCCUGCGGCCAGAACUGUGCCCACGGGGAGGGGUCACCUGAGUUACUGCAGGAGCUCCGGCACCUCAAAAUCAAGGUGGAAGAGUUGGAAAAUGAACGGAAUCAGUAUGAAUGGAAACUAAAGGCCACCAAGGCUGAGGUAGCCCAGCUGCAAGAGCAGGUGGCCCUGAAGGAUGCAGAAAUUGAGCGUCUGCACAGCCAGCUCUCCAGGUCAGCAGCUCUGCACAGUGACCACGCAGAGAAAGACCAAGAAAUUCAACGUCUGAAAAUGGGGAUGGAAACUUUGCUUGUUGCCAAUGAAGAUAAGGACCGUCGGAUAGAGGAGCUUACGGGGCUGUUAAACCAGUACCGAAGGGUGAAUGAGAUCGUGAUGGCAGCCCAAGGGCCUUCAGAAAGAACUCUCUCAAUCAAUGAGGAGGAACUGGAGGGAGGUUUCAGGAACUGGAACGCUGCAAAUAAAGGCCCCGAAGACCUGUUUAAAUCAGAGGUGUCUCCAAGAGGCAGCUCUCCCACGGCGGGGCCUCCCCCACUACCGCAGAAAUCACUGGAAACCAGGGCUCAGAAAAAACUCUCCUGUAGUCUCGAAGACUUGAGAAGUGAAUCUGUGGACAAGUGUGUCGGUGGGAACCAGCCCUCCCCAGUGGUAGAACCCAAGGAUGGCCCUUUCCUGGCGGAGCACAAGUACCCCACGUUACCUGGGAAGCUUCCAGGAGCCACGCCCAAUGGAGAGGCUGUGAAGUCUCCAUCUACCGCCUCCCCAGUGGAUCCUGCAGGGAGCAGCCCGCUGAGGCUGAACCGUGGCCGGAGUGUCAGUGCCCCCGUAUUAGGAGACACAGAAAGUGGCUGGGACGACACUGCCGUGGCCAAUGACUCAUCCCUGUCAUCGGGCACCGAGUCCAGCCCCCAAUCUCCCCUGACAUCAGAUGGUAAACGGAGCCCCAGAGGCAUCAAGAAGUUCUGGGGAAAGAUCCGAAGGACUCAGUCAGGAAACUUCAACACCGAUGCCCCAGGGGUGGCUGAGUUUCGACGAGGUGGGCUCCGGGCAACUGCAGGACCAAGACUGUCCAGGACCAGAGAUCCCAAGGCUCAGAAAAGUGACGCCAAUGCCCCCUUUGCCCAGUGGAGCACAGAGCGUGUGUGCACGUGGCUGGAGGACUUCGGCCUGGCUCAGUAUGUCAUCUUUGCGAGGCAAUGGGUGACUUCUGGCCACACAUUACUGACAGCUACCCCUCAGGACAUGGAAAAGGAGCUAGGAAUUAAGCACCCUCUUCACAGGAAAAAGCUGGUUUUAGCAGUGAAAGCCAUCAACACCAAGCAGGAGGAGAAGUCUGCACUGCUGGACCACAUCUGGGUAACACGUUGGCUUGAUGAUAUUGGCUUACCCCAAUACAAAGACCAGUUUCAUGAAUCCAGAGUCGACGGGCGGAUGCUGCAGUACCUGACAGUGAAUGAUCUACUCUUCCUAAAAGUCACCAGCCAACUACAUCAUCUCAGCAUCAAAUGUGCCAUUCACGUGCUGCACGUCAACAAGUUCAAUCCUCACUGCCUGCACCGGCGGCCGGCUGAUGAGAGUAACCUCUCUCCUUCAGAAGUUGUGCAGUGGUCCAACCACAGGGUGAUGGAGUGGUUGCGGUCCGUGGACCUGGCGGAAUACGCGCCCAACCUUCGUGGGAGUGGCGUCCAUGGAGGGCUCAUUAUUCUAGAGCCACGCUUCACAGGGGACACCCUGGCCAUGCUUCUCAACAUCCCACCACAAAAAACGCUCCUCAGACGUCACCUGACCACCAAAUUCAACGCCUUGAUCGGCCCUGAGGCUGAGCAGGAGAAGCGAGAGAGAAUGACCUCACCUGCUUACACACCACUGACCACCACAGCCAAAGUCCGGCCAAGGAAGCUGGGAUUUUCACAUUUUGGAAACAUAAGAAAAAAGAAGUUUGAUGAAUCGACGGACUACAUUUGCCCAAUGGAGCCCAGCAACAGUGUUGGUGAUGGUCACAGGGCCUACAGCGGCACCCGGGGCCUCAGCACACUUGAUGCCCCUGAGCUGGACGGGUUGGACCAGAUGGCACCUUCGGAAGGCACCGUGACGCAGAUAGGGCUCCUCUCCCAAGACAUUCACCGCCUCACGACGAUGCUGAGCCAGGACCAGCUGCUGACCGACUCCCACCUGGCCACUCCCAGAUCUGAGGACUGGAGAUGACUCUCUUCAUGGCUGGCAGCCCAGAGAGGCACGUGUGUGGGUCCCAAGUCUGCUUCGAUGGGAAGCUGGCCCAUGGCCACCCACAGAGCCCAGACUGGGCCCCAGGGCAUCUCCGACGUGGGUGCUGACAGGACAAUGCGAGGCUGUGGAACGGAUGUCCACGAGGUGGCCCACAGGUUUUCAACUGUGCUGUGCUCUCCACCACAGCUUCUGUACCUUUUGUACUUUUAUAAGUGGACUGUAGAGUGCUUUUGCAGGGAGGGCAGUGAGAAGCCCACACACACUCAAUGACUCACGCCAUCCCUAGAGACAGCUGGGGACUCUUACACCAAAGGGGGGAAGGGCUAUGAGUCACAAAAGCUUUGCUGGAAAAAAAAAAUUCUGAAUGUUCUGAGCUGGCUGAAGUGGUAGGAAGCCUCCUCCCGGGCUGCUUCCGUAUGGAAGCUUGUAGUGCAUUUCCGUUCCCAGGAAUCUGGCUGGAGCGCCAGCAGGGAAGGAGUGAUGGACUCCCUCAACAAGGCUGCCAUUUUCUGCAGUGGCGUCUCAGGUGCUCAGGGCUGUGGGGCCUCCCAGCAUCUGAGCAGACAUCUCUGCGGCCUUUCCCUUGUCAGCCUCAGAGGCAAUUUAUCUGAUCAAACAGCUCCCUCGAGUGGAAGGCCCUUUCCACUGCAAGACAUCUCAGGUAUGUCCUACCUCAGGGAAAGGCACCUGCUCAGCGGCCACACAAUCAUCCUUCCCCCUGAGCAAUGGCCCUAACUCCUCCCUCUAGCGCCUCUAGCUCUGGCCUCAUCUCUCUAACUUCCUCAGGGGGGUCCCUCACCCUUCCUUUCCAGAUGGUCCCCUCUGGGUGUUCUCUACACCAUCCCUGGAGGGAACUUCCCAAAGCACUGUUUUUAUGCUGCUAAGAACUCAGUUCCACAACCACCACAGAUUAUCAUUCAAAAGCCUUAGCACCCAAGACCUCUCUGAAUCUUCAGCAUUCAUGAACCCAUGCUCUAGGCUUUGUUCCUACCUUUCCCUCACCAGAAUGCAUUCUUCUCCUACUCCCUGUCACAAGGCUGGAUCCUGUCUGCUGAGGUUCAGGUCAGCCCGAGCCUCUUUCAGGAAGCUUUCACUGAGGGUUGGAGGUCUCCAUCCCAUGGUGCUGUCUGACCUGAGCACUUCCUGGCUCUCCUUGAAAUAGUGUGUAACCUUUCUCCACCCAUGCUCAACACAAACUCACUGAGCACCUGUAUGGACAGGUUCCUGUACAGACAAGAGUAAGACCUUUCCCCAUCUUCUCAUUCCCUCAUAUGUGCAGGCUAAAUACCUUCCAUUCUGGGCCAAGGAGCACUGGGGAUACAGGGAUGAAUGUCAAGGUCUUUGCCUGGGGGUGUGGAUGGUCUGGUGUGGGAGUACAGGUCUGUUUCAGACAGGAGCGUGUGCUGAAUGUUACAGAUACUCCAAUAGAAGUGUCUACAGCCCCAAAGAGCAAAUUGUCAUUGUUAACGCAGGGCUGGGGAGGGGGACUGAAAAGGCUCCAAGGAAGAGGUGAUACUUGAAUUUUGAAAGAUGAAUCAGAGUCAAGUAUGCCAGAGGGGAAAGGCACUCCAGGCAGAUGGACCUGAACCAUCCCAGCACGUCCAAGGAAGUACCUGAAGUUGGUAUGACAAGAGGAGAGCUUCUUGACUGCAUUGCUGUCAUUCGGGGCUGGUAAGUCACUGUGCUGGGGCCAUCCCGUGUGCUCUAGGAUGUUCAGCAGCAUUCUUGGUCUCUCCCUCUAGAUGCCAAUAGCUCCCUUCUAGUUGAGGACCACUGGGCCAGAGAAUUGGGUCAGAGAAGGAGGCCCAAGGAAGCAAGGAUCUGGUGAGGUCAGCUGGAGCCCAGAUCAAGAAAGGCUUGGUAAGCCAGCCUCCCGGAAUUGACCUUGGAGAUACACGGUGUCCAGGGAGGGCCUACUGAAAGCAGUGAGAUGUUUAAAGCAGGGGACAGGCAUGGCAUGAUGUGUGUUUAAAAGAAACAUCUGGAGGGAGGACCUACCUUACUCAUCGUGCAGUGCCCAUCACUGUGUCUUUCUCUGAGGAUGAACUCAACAGGUGGACGGAUGAAGGCUGAGCUGCCACCAUCUCCCCCAGCCCCCACUGGCCCGCUGAGAGGCUGACCUGUGUUACGCCACCUGUGGGUACUGCACCAGUGUACUUCAGAGAAUUCUCUCGCGCUGUCUUCCUCUAUCUCCUGUAUCCCUUCACUCUGCCCCGCUAUCCACAUAUACACGUGGUUAAGAAAUCCAGUGACACCAAGUUCAAACAAUGCUGCUACUAUGCCAGUUUUUGCAAAAAGCAAACAAGUUGGAGUUAAACUCAAGUUUGAAGCCCAGCUCUGCCACCUACUGGCUGAAUGAUCUAGGGACAACAGCUUCAUGUCUAAAUUGCCACAUCUGUAACUUGGAGGACAAAAUCCACACAUGAGUUCUGGCUCAGCAUGGGGGAGAGCAGCCAAGAUGGAAGAGUAACAAGACCCAGAACUCACCUGCUUUCACGAGCACACCAAAAUCACAACUAUCUGCAGAACAACCAUCGAUAAAAAAAAAGACUGUAGAAAUCUUCUCCUGUUAAUGACAUAAAGAAGGAACCACAACGAAACAGGUGGGAAGGAUGGACUUGGAUACAAGGAUACAAUCAAAUCCCAUACCACCUCCCCAGGGUAAGUGACCACAGACUAGGGAAAACUUAUAUUAGAUUCUCCCACAAGAGCAAGCGUUCUGAGCCCCACGUCAGGCUGCCAAGCCCAGGGCUCUGGUCAGAUGAGCUCUCCAGAGCAGUUGUUUCUGAAGCCGGUGGGGCUUAACUGCAGAAGCCCCACAAGCUUGGGGCAAAUAGAGACUCCAUUCUUAAAGUUAAGUUACUCAGUCCUACUCUUUGCGAUGCUAUGGAUUAUAGCCUACCAGGCUUCUCCGCCCAUGGGAUUUUCCAGGCAAGAGUACUGGAGGGGGUUGCCAUUCCCUUCUCCAGGAGAUCUUCCCGACCCAGGGAUUGAACCCAGGUCUCCCGCAUUGUAGGCAGACACUUUACCAUCUGAGCCACCAGGGAAGUUCAUUCUGAAAGGCGCAUACAAAACUCCAUGUACACCAGGACACAGAGCAAAAGAAGGAAUUUGUUAAGAGCCUGGGCCAGACCUACCUGCUGGCCUUGGAGAGUCUCCUGGAGAGGAAGCAGGUGGGUGUGGCUCACCCUGGGGACAGAGACACUAGUGGCAGCCAUACCCGGGCAGCCUGAACAUGGUUGAUGGUGGCAGCUGACAGCUUGGCUUAGUAGCUCAAGGACCACACCCUGCCCCGCGGCCUACAGGCAACAGCACUGGGCCACCUCAGGCCAAGCAACUGGGUGGGGACACAGCCUCACCCAUCAGCAGACAGGCGCCUUGUCUAAAGACUAAAGAGCCCACAAGUGCCUCUGGGUUCACCCCUCAACAUAGCCCAACGCACCGGAGGGCUAAGACCUGGCUGGUAAAGCAAAAAAACAAUUCCCCAACGCAGGCCAGACUGUACCCUGGGACCAGGUGGGCCCUGAACACUAAUAGGCCAACACAACCUUUCAUGACACCCCAGGUUCCAUGCCCAACUGUGUUAGGAACCAAUGAUCUCAAGCUCUAGGGUCCUUGGCCAGACUUCAGGAACUAGCUGUGCCUGCCAGGAACUGGUUUCAUCAGUCAGCAGGUGGGCAACAGCCCCAGAGUCUUUGUGACCCUGAUUCUGCCCACCAGUGAGCCAGCACUAGCCCUGGGCCUCCUUGGGUUACCACAACAUAAAGACCCAUGCUGCCCUCUCAGGGGGAAUCCUAGAACAUACAGCUUGGGUAAGGAGAGGAAUAUACUGCUAGGAUGCUUCCUACACAAGGCCACUCUCCAAGGUCAAGAAAUGUCACUAACCUACCACUUACAUACAAAUAGUAAUUCAGACAAAAUGAGGUGGCAGAGGAAACCACCACUGCUGAAAAGGAAAAAAGAGAAAAGAAUGAAAAGAAAUGAGGUGAGUUUAAGAGAACUCUGGGAGAACAUCAAGCACACUAAUAUUUGCAUUACUGGAGUCCCAAAAAGAGGAGAGAGGGCUCGAGAAAAUAUUUGAAGAGAUAAUAGCUGAAAACCUCCCUAACCUGCGAAAAGAAAUAGUCACCCAAGUCCAGGAAAUGCAGAGAGCCCCAAAGAGAAACAUACCAACAUUGUAAUCAAAAUGACAAAAAUUAAAUACUAAAAGCAGCAAAUAACAUUAAAGAAGGGAACUCCCAUUAAACUAUUAGCUAAUUUUUCAGCAGAAACUCUGCAGGUCAGAAAGGAGUGGCACGAUAUAUUUAAAGUGUGAAAUGGAAAAACACAACCAAGAAUACUCUACUCUCCAAGGCUGUCAUUCAGAUUUGAAGGAGAAGUCAAAAGCUUUAAAGACAAGCAAAAGCUAAAAGAAUUCAUCACCAAACUAGCUUUACAACAAAUGUUAAAGGAACGUCUCUGGUGGAAAAAGAAAAGGCUGCCAGUGUAAAUAAAAUCAUGGAAUGAAAAACUCACCAGUAAAGGCAAACAUACAGUAAAGGUAUGAAAUCAGCCUCCCGCAAAGCUAGUAGGGACGAUAAAAAACAAAAAUAGUAAAGUCAUCUCUAUCCGCAAUAAGCAGUUAUGGGAUAUAUCAAACAACUAGAUGCAAAAUAUCAAGAAGAGCAAUUGUGAGGGUGGGGAAAGUACAAAUGCAGGGCAUUUAAAAUGCAGUUGAAAGAGAUCAGGAAUUUAAUCAUACAGACUGCUGUACAAAAACCUUGAGGUAACUGCAAACCAAAGAUCUAUAAUAUAAAUACACACAAAGGACUCUGAACGUAACACUUAAGAUAGUCAUCAAGUCACAAGAGAACAAAAGAAGGGGAAAAAAAAGACCUUCAAAAACAAAUCCAAAACAACACAAUGGUAGUAAGAAAAUAUAUAUUGAUUAAGUGUAAAUGGUCUAAAGAAAAGACACAGGCUGGCUGAAUGGACACAAAAA